AUGACAUCUCCGCCGACGGUGACGCCGCCGUACACGGCAUACGUGGCCACGCCGCCGCGCGUCGCCGACGCCAAGAGCGCCGCAGCCGCCGCCACCCACCCGGCCAGCUUCUUCGUCAGCGACGAGCUGCGCGAGCUGAUCCUGCGCCAGCAGAACCUGCUGCUCAUGCACCCCAACCCGCAAGCGUACCCGGAUCUGCCGAACGAGGUGGACAACUAUCACGAGCUGUGUCCCCUGGAGGCUCCUGGCCAGCCCCACAAGUCCACUGCGUUCGGCUACAUCACCACCUGUUACAAGGCCACCAACAUGAAGAGCGGACAGUGCUACUGCCUGCGACGGAUACAUGGGCUGCGGCUGGCCGGCACCAAGUGUCUGCAGCUGGUCGCGCUCUGGAGCAAAUUACAACAUGCUGGUCUGGUCACAUUGCGUGAGCUCUUCACCACCAAGAGCUUCGGCGACAAUUCCGUGGUAAUGGUGUACGACUUCCUGCCGAGCGCCGAGACAUUGAUGGCGCGCCACUUCAGCCAGCCGCCGCAGCUGAACGGGUUCCUGGACCCGUUCCAGGACCCGAGCAUACCGCGGCCGUACAGUGCCCAGAAGAACGCCGUCCUCCGCCAACAGAGCUCGCUGAUGCCCGAGUCGCUGAUCUGGAGCUACGUCAUCCAGCUGACGGGCGCGCUGCGGCUGGUGCACGGCAGCGGGCUGGCCUGUCGCGUGCUCGACCCCACCAAGGUCCUCGUCACCGGUCAGGAUCGUGUGCACGUGAAUUGUUGCGGCGUACUGGACGUGCUCAUGUUCGACAACAAUGCGUCCAACCCGCUGGCAAUGGUGCCUCACUACCAGCAGGAGGAUCUGGUGGGCCUGGGGAAGCUGCUGCUGGCGCUCUCCUGCAACUCUGUGCUGGCCGUGCAGCGGGAGAACUUCAACACCAGCAUCAGCAUAGUCGAGCGUCACUACUCGGCCGACCUCAAGGCACUCAUCAUGAGUCUGCUGCUGUCGCCGUCGGCGGGCCGCCAGCGCAGCAUCGAGGACGUGAUGCCGAUGAUUGGCGCCCGGUUCUACACGCAGCUGGACUCGGCCCACUUGCUGGCGGAGCGGCUUGAGGACGAGCUGGCCAAGGAGGUGCAGAACGGCCGCCUCUUCCGGCUGCUGGCCAAGCUGUCCGCCAUCACCGAGCGGCCCGAGCUGAACCUGGAGGGCGCCUGGGCGGAGACGGGCGACCGCUACAUGCUGAAGCUGUUCCGGGACUACGUGUUCCACGCGGUGACGGACGACGGCCGCCCGUUCAUGGACAUGGCUCAUGUGGUCCAGUGUCUGAACAAGCUGGACGCUGGCUCCUCUGACAAGAUCUGCCUCAUGUCGCGCGACAUGCAGAACGUGCUGGUGGCCACGUUCGCCGAGCUGAAGCAGUGUUUCCAGCGCUCCUUCCACGAGAUCUUCGAGUCGACCAUGGCCAAGGAGUCUGGUGGCUCCUAGUCGCGCGAGUACCCCGGCGGGCUGCCUCUCUGCGCGCUCGGCGUGGGUGCUCCGCCGGUCCGUGGUAUGGCCAUGGUCCCGGCCCGUCUGGGUUCGCCGCCGGCGAAGGUGCCGUGCUGGGCUCACUGGUGUGGUUCUUGGUCACAUGUGAGGCGCAGACUUGUGCUGGGACGGCCGGAGAUGACGUGCUGAGGUCUGCAGGGGCCACAGGCAUCUUGCUGGGUCACAGUGAAGACUGUGCUGGUCAAGGGCAUCGUGCUGGGUCACUGGGGUCCAGGUUUAGUGACCUACCGUGACCCACAAGAUGGUCCGUUGACCCGCUGUGUCGGAACGCCAGCAGGCCCUGUCGCGCGCGGCUGUGUUGGCGGGGCUAGCGGCCCUGCGCCGGUCCGUGCUGUACAGAUUCUCCGGUUGUCCGCCAGAUGUCAGGCCGGUAGCACGUCCGUUGCGGGACGGCUCACGUCAGGCGCGCGGAGAAGGGCGCCAGGCCCGUCCGUCCCGCCCUGCUGGCUGUGUGGC